AUGCCGGGCGACCGGCACAUUCACUCCAGCAAUGGCCGAGCUGCUCCCGCUGCCGUCGCGGCCGUUGCGGCCUCGAGAGAACGCGGCACGCCUGGCACGCCCUCCCGCAAGGAGCGGCCGCCGCGGGAGAGCUCGGCGGUGCAGGACCCAGGGCUGAAAGACUACAGGCUGGGCGAGUGUCUCGGCAAGGGCGCCUUCGGGUCCGUGUACAAGGCUUUCAACUGGAGCACCGGCGAGGCCGUCGCGGUGAAGCAAAUCAAGCUCGCGGACCUUCCCAAGAGCGAGCUACGCAUGAUCGAGAGCGAAAUCGAUCUGCUUAAGAACCUAUUGCAUGACAACAUUGUCAAGUACAUUGGCUUUGUCAAGUCGACGGACUGCCUCAACAUCAUCCUGGAGUAUUGCGAGAAUGGCUCUCUCCACUCGAUAUUGAAAGCGUAUGGAAAGUUUCCAGAAAACCUGGUCGGGGUGUACAUGACCCAAGUCCUGCAGGGCCUCCAAUACCUCCACGACCAGGGUGUCAUCCACCGCGACAUCAAGGGCGCCAACAUCCUCACCACAAAGGAUGGCACCGUCAAGCUGGCCGACUUUGGCGUCUCAACGAGUACACUAGCUGGCGGCCAGGACAAGGAGGCCCAGGUAGUGGGAACGCCGUACUGGAUGGCGCCCGAGAUCAUUCAGCUGUCUGGCGCAAGCUCAGCUUCGGAUAUAUGGAGCGUUGGGUGCACCGUCAUUGAGCUGCUGCAGGGAAAGCCCCCGUACCACAACUUGGCAGCCAUGCCUGCGCUUUUCGCCAUUGUCAACGACGACCAUCCCCCGCUUCCUGAAGGCAUAUCAGCGGCCGCCCGGGACUUUCUUAUGCAAUGCUUCCAAAAAGACCCCAACCUGAGAGUCACCGCCAGGAAGCUGCUCCGGCAUGCCUGGAUCGCAGGCUCGCGGCGGGCCGAAGCACCGGUUUCGAAGGCGCCCGCCAACUUCAACCAAGCCGUCGAGGAAGUCAAGCAGUGGAACAAGGCCCUCAACUCCGACUCCAACCUCCGCACCUCUACCGGGUCCGACUUUAUGGGGCCUUCGUCACGAUUUACCGGGGGAACACCAGCAAGAGGCCCGCUUAGCCUCGCCAAGUCCAGGCCCAGUGCUGAAGCAUUCAAAUCCGCGGAAGUCGCCGAUGAUGACAACUGGGACGAUGACUUCGCCACGGCAAUCUCUCCCAGUGCCCUCCAGCUACCCCAUCUCAAGCCCCAAGAUAACUUUGGUGGUCUUCUCUCGAGCGACAAACUGAAAGCUUUUGCGUCCUCUAGUGACGGACGGACAGACAGCAGUAACUAUGACGACGACUUUGAAGGGGAACUAUUGACCAUCAAAGGGCCAAGCUCUCGCUACCGCGAUCUCGAUUCGCAAGAACACACGAUUCGGCCGAUUCCAAAGAAGACGGCCCCGAAGGCAGCGGAAACCCCCAAGCAUCACCGUACCAAAUCAAGCUCUGGGAAGCAGCCGCUAGCCGUCCUCCCUGGCCCAUCUGCGUCGAGAUCGCCGCCGAAAUCGCAUUUGGGCAGCAUAUUCGAGUUGCCAACGAGGCCGGACCUUGGUUACCGCGAGCAGAGCACUGAUGAUUACUCGGAUCUGUUCGUGGACAAUGACAGUGUUUUUGGCCGGGGAGUAAAUCAGGCUGUCAAUAAGGGCGCACGAGCAACUGAUGCUCCCCAGCUCUUCCACCCGUCCGACCUCACCAGUUUGCCACGAUCCAUGCAAGCGCCCGACGGCAGCAUAAGGAAAAAGUCGCAAUCGAGGCCUUCUGUUCUUCCGGACCGCCCUAUGCGACGCACUCGCUCGUCCAUCGAGAUCCAGAAGUUUGCAGAAGACGAUGACGAAGACUUCUCAGACGUCUUCGGCGCAAGCGAAUCUCACGGCGAAAAGGAAGAGAGCGAGCGCGGCUCUGAAGAUGGCGGCCUCAUGCUCAUGUCCAAGAUGUCGAGCAGCUCAUGGCUAGGGGAUGACGAAGACGAAUUCGACCCGUUUGCGUCUAUGGACCCCGGCUGGGACGAGAUGGACCUCGAGGCAAACAUCGCCAGAGACAGGCAUGCCCGGCUGGCAGAGCGAGUCGAAGACCUGGUGGCCUCGUUGAAGACGACGGAGGGUGAGGAUAUGCUAUCCGAGUUGUCGGAAGAUUUGCUGGCGCUCCUCUGGGAACACAAAGAGGUGAAGACGCUCAUCAUCAGCGCACACGGUCUGUUACCAAUCCUGGAGAUUCUGGAGCCUUGUACCGUGAAAAGCCGACAGUACAUGAUUCUACAGCUUCUCAAGGUCGUCAAUGCCAUUAUACUCGAUGACGUCGAGAUCCAGGAGAACCUCUGCUUCGUCGGCGGCAUUCCCAUUAUUACCAAGUUUGCGGCACGCCAAUACUCGGACGAGAUUCGACUGGAGGCGGCGGCGUUUGUCCGACAAAUGUACCAGACAUCGACCUUGACCCUUCAAAUGUUCGUGUCCGCGGGCGGGCUGAACGUUUUGGUCGAGUUUCUGGACGAGGACUAUGACAGUGCACGCGACCUUGUGCUGAUCGGUGUCAACGGCAUUUGGAACGUGUUUGAGCUACAAGGGCCGACGCCGAAGAAUGACUUCUGCAGGAUCUUCUCAAGAAGCAAGAUCCUCUACCCCUUAGCCCUGGUAUUACACCGUGUGCUGGACGAGGAAGGGGAGGACGAGUUGGGCGAGCUCAUAGAGGGGCGUAUCGUCAACAUCUUUUACCUGUUCAGCCAGGCCGAGAAUUACGUCAAGGAAAUGGUGGCCGACAGACAGGUGCUGAAAAGCGUCCUCAAAGACCUGAGACGGAUGACGCCGGUGCACCAAAUCACCAUGCUCAAGUUCAUCAAGAACUUGUCGAUGCUGUCGACGACCAUCGAGUCGCUCCACUCGGCAGACGCUAUCGAGUUCCUCAUCGACCUCCUCAGCUAUAGCAUGAAGAAGGACCAGAAGCACUUCAGGGAGAUCUCGAACCAGGUUCUCAACACUCUGUUCAACCUGUGCCGACUCAGCAAGGAGAGGCAGGAGGACGCGGCCGUCGGAGGCAUCAUCCCGCUACUGCUGAGGAUCAUGAAGACGGACCGACCACCUAAGGAGUUUGCCCUGCCGAUAUUGUGCGACAUGGCCCACUCGGGAUCCAAGGGGCGAAGAUACCUGUGGCAGAACAAGGGGCUUGCGUUCUACGUGUCCUUGCUGACGGACCAGUACUGGCAGGUGACGGCCCUGGAUGCCAUUCUGGUGUGGCUGCAGGAGGAGACGGCAAAUGUCGAGAGCCACCUCGUCGAUGGGCACUUUACGAGGGCCAUUGUCAGCUGCUUCGGCACGAACCGGGUAAACGCGUUUGACUCGAACCUGCUCGAGCCACUGCUCAAGCUGCUCCGUCUCAGCCCGUCGGUCGCGGCCUCGCUGGCGAAGCCGGAGAUGUUUGCGGGCAUUGCCCAGAGACUGGGGCACAAGAAGGCCGUCGUGCGAUUGAACCUCCUGAGGCUGGUACGAACCAUCAUGGACUCGUGCGAGCCGGGCCUGGGCGCGGGAGACGGCUCACGGACGCUCAACAACGCGCAAAUCAGGUCGCUCAUGAACUCGAUACAGACGCUGGCCGAGACGGACACGGCCGUGCUGGUGCGAAACCUGGCCGCAGAACUGCUGCGCUCUCACAUAGAGAUGGACUCCAGCGUGGGACACCUCUUGCGUCACGACGGCCCGUCCGCGGCGCAGGUCAGCUCGGCGUCGUCCUCGGCCAGGAGGUCUGCCUCGCGGCGGAACACUAGCUAUACUCCGCCGAGCUUCCAGUCCUCCGUGUCGAUGCCCCAGACGCCCACUGGCCGAACCAGGCAGAGCGUCGUCGCGGGCAACGCCUACAUCGAAGUCGCCGCCAGCCCCCGCCGCAGCAACACGACGCUCGACCGCGAGUCCCUCAUGUACCGGCCGCGCAGCCGCGACGGCCCCACCCACAUCCCGCGGCGCGUGAGCGGCGACGCGAGCUCCCUCGGCGGCGGCAGCAGCAGCAGCGGCACCACCGCGUCCGCCGGGGCUAAGAGCCGGCUGCCGCGCACCUCGCUGGCGCCCAUGGGCAUCCACUCGUCGGGCCGGCACCCGGGAUCCAGCGGCGCCGCCAGGGCGGCCGAGCAGCAUACGCCGCACCAUCACCCCGUCAUGACACCCAUGGUGGUACGCAGCGAGAGCAGCACCAGCAACAAGGAGAAUGGGGGCAGCAGGGCACUACGCGAGGGUGGCAUGGCCAUGUCCGCCAGAGACAGGGAUGGUGUCGCCACGCCCAGCGCUUCGGCCGCCAAGUCCCGUCGCAACAUGGACAACAACAAUAAGUGGUGA